UGCUAGAUGGGCUGACCAACAGUAGUCAAGUGUGUGUGUGUUUGUGUGUGUUCGUUGGGCGAAACGUGUCUAUCAGCAAAGACACACACAUUCAUAAGCGGGAGACCUUGUAGAUAACGGGAUUUUUUUCAGGAAUUUGAAGUUUUAUGUUGGUUUCUCUGAAAUAGUUUCGAUGCUAUACUAUGUACGGCACGGAAUUUGGCCUUUGAAGCGCAGGAUUUAUCCGACUCCGUUUCCACUGAAGACUCUCCGCUCCUCCUCCCCCUCGAUGAAGCGCUGCGAUGCCCUCUGAUUUUAUAUCCCUCCUUAGCUCGGAUAUUGACCUCAAUUCCCCUAAAUCUCUAUACUCUAAAGAGUCAGUAUAUGACCUCCUCCCCAAAGAGCUCCAGCUUCAGCCAUCGUCCACCCAGACAGACCCACCCACCAUGAGCCAGAAGAGCGGGGGAGAGGCGGGACCUCCUCCCUCUGCAACGUUGGCCUCAGAUGCCACCUCUUCCACCUCCAGCCCCUCUGCCUCUUCCUCCCUGGCCAUGGGCCUCUCUACUUCUUCCUCAGACCACCUCACGGUCUCUCAGCACCUCCACUCCACGGGAGCGGACGGGCCCGGAGCGUCAGAGAUGCAAGGCAUGGAGGCGGCCGGAUCGGCGCCCAGCAGAGGCGGCGGCGGCGGCGGAGCGAGCGCCACAGGCGGGGACGGAGGGACCGGCGUGCUGUCGGGGCUGGGCGUGCAGCAGCUGCAGAACACGCCGUCAAAGCGGAGGCCCGUGUUGAGCAUCUCGCCGCCGCCCGAAGAUCUGUUUGACGACAGCCAAAUGUCGUGCCAAGAGGAGCCCGCCGUCGCCGCGGCGGCGUGUCCGGACUCGGAGCACAGCAGCAGCAUGUGGGCCGACGACUCCGUGUCCAACUUCAGCAUCAUCAGCUCUGCCUCGUACAACGACAACACGGAGGUGCCACGCAAAUCCAGGAAACGGACGCCCCGCCAGCGACCGGGCCCCAAGCCGACCCCUCCGGAGGACAGCAUGGACGUGUUUGACGCGGACAGCGCCAAGGGUCCUCACUUUGUCCUCUCACAGCUGAGCACAGACAAGACCAGCUCAAUUGCGAGCUCUCUCGAUUCAGGAACUGCGGUGAAAGGUGGCUCGCUGUCUGCCCAGUUUCCUCAGAGGAGUGACGGGAAGGAGCUGAAGAUCCUGGUGCAGCCAGAGACCCAGCACCGAGCCCGGUACCUGACGGAGGGCAGCAGAGGUUCAGUUAAAGAUCGCACACAGCAAGGAUUCCCAACUGUCAAGUUGGAAGGCAUUAGCGAACCAGUGGUUCUCCAGGUGUUUGUUGCCAACGACGCGGGCAGAGUGAAGCCUCACGGUUUCUAUCAGGCGUGUCGAGUAACGGGACGCAACACCACCGCCUGUAAGGAGGUGGACAUAGACGGCACAACGGUGAUAGAGAUCCCUCUGGAACCCAGCAACGACAUGACGCUAGCCGUGGACUGCGUGGGGAUUUUGAAGCUGCGUAACGCGGACGUGGAGGCGCGAAUCGGCGUGGCGGGGUCCAAGAAGAAAAGUACACGAGCCAGGCUGGCCUUCAGGGUCAACAUCCCCCAACCCGACGGCUCGGUGCUCACCUUGCAGGUCCCCUCAUCACCCAUCCUCUGCACCCAGCCAGCUGGACUUCCAGAGAUCCUGAAGAAGAGUCUCCACAGCGGCUCGGUGAAAGGAGGCGAGGAGGUUUUUAUAAUUGGAAAGAACUUCCUCAAAGGAACUAAAGUCAUAUUUCAGGAGAACAUCGCAGACGACAAUUCCUGGCAAGCCGAGGCGAAGAUUGAUACGGACCUUUUUCAUCAGAACCAUUUGGUGGUGACCGUCCCUCCGUUCCACAGCCAGUCCAUCACCUCUCCAGUGUCCGUGGGGAUUUUUGUGAUGACCAAUGCCGGUCGAUCACACGAGGCCCAGGCUUUCACCUACACUCCAGAAUCAGCCGAUAGUUCAAGCGGCCAGACGGUCAAAACAGAAGGAGCAUCGCUGGUCAACACCUGCAUCUUCGACGGUCAGAUCAAAUCCGUGUCCUCGGAGCAGAGCGACUGCUCUGGUCAGCCUUCCAAGCGGCAGGAGGACACGCCCAUGGAGGUCUCCAGCAACCCUCAACCCACAGAUGUUUUCAAACCGUCCCCGGACCCUCUGAUCUCAGUGCAGCAGACUCUGGAGCUCAACUCGAGCCCGCAUCCAGGAGGAGAGGCUUUCGAGAGCCCGAUGCCCCUGCAGCCUGAAGACGUCGAGCUUCCCCAGGCGCCGCCCGUCUUUCCCAGCCUGGAGUCUCUCGGCACCAUUCAAAAGCAAGAGAUCUCUUCCACCACAUCCUUUCCCGUGUCGGGAGACACCACCAUCCCCCCGGUGACACCGGAAGUCCCCCAGCAGUUCCUCAGAGACCCUCAAGAAAGCCUUUCUCCGGAGAGCUCCGAUAACGGCGGGACCAUCUUGGUCGUAGCCAUGCCUCAGAUGGCGGCUCCCGCUCAGCCGCCACCACAGCAGACCCAGGUAGACCCGUUUCCCCAUGAGGGCGUGGCCCAGUUGGAGCGGGCGGUGAGGGAGCUGCAGGCUGGAGGCACCACCACCCUGGAGCAGGUGCUGGAGGUGGCGGUGGCGCAGCAGCAGCUCAACUCCGUGCUCUACAGCCCGGCGCCGUCGGCAGAGUCCUUACAGCAGCAUGUCCAGGAGAACAUGAACAGCCUGCGGUUGGGCAACUCCGAUGGCUCCCUGUCGGCGCGACAACAGAUACAAAUGCAACAACAGCAGCAGCAGCAACAGAUACAAAUGCAGCAACAACAGCAGCAGCUGCAGCAGCAGUACCAGCAACAGCAACAAAUCCUUGAAAACCUGCAGCAGCAGCAGCAGCAACAACAACAGCAGCAGCUGCAGCAGCAGGUCCUCAGCAACAUGCAGAUCCAACAGCAGCUCAUGCUGCAGCCUCAAGACCAACAGCAGCUGCAGCAGCAGCAGCAGCAGAUGAUGGAGAAUAUCCAGCAGCAGCUGCAGCAGAAUCAGCAACAGCAGGUCCUGAACAACAUCCAGCUCCAGGAUCAGCAGCAGCAGCAGAACCAGAUCCUGAGCAAUCUGCAGCAGCAGCAGCAGGAGCAGCAGGUCCUGGAGAAGCUGCAGCAGCAGCUGCAAGCCGAGCUGCUGCAGCCACAGAUUCACUCCUCCCCCCAGGCGCAGCAGCCCGUCUCCCUGCUGCAGCAGGCGGGAGAGCUGCUCACUAUCCAGACCAGCUUCCCGACGCCGCCGCCGUCCCACACGUCCCCGCCGCAGCAACUCUUCCAGUCGCCGCAGCCGCUGGCCGAGACCCAGAGCUCCCAGCAGCAGGUGCAGGCCGCCCUGCUCCAGAACACGCUGACGGUCCUCUCCGGCGGCGGUCUCGGAUCCGAGCAGCAGCCCACGGGGUCCACCAUAUUCCUGUCCACCAACCCUCAGCCGCAGCAGUCACAGCAGCAGCCCCAGCUGGCCUUCAUCUCUUCCAUGGAGACGUCGUCCAGCCAGCCCCAGCCCGUUUCCAUGUUCCAGAACCAGCCCCCGACCCAGCUCUCCCAGCCAAUGGAGCAACAGCAAUCCCCGCAGCAGAACCAGCAGCCGCCGCAGCAGCUCCCGCUGGGCCAGCAGGGCACCUUGUUCCAGAGCAUCCCAAACCACUCGCAGGCUAACGCCGUCCCCCAGAACCAGAUCGCUCAGCCCCAGCAGACGGGCCUGCUCCUCUGUACUUCGGAUCUACUGUUCACCACCCCGGCUCAAGCCGCGCCCCCCAUCGCAAGCAUCAGCGUCGGAAUCCCCCAACCGGACGCAGCCGAGCCCAUGUCGUUCCAGGUCCAGAGCUCCUCCGGCAGCAGCGCCGCGCCCGCCGCGAACCAGCAACAGAGCCUGUUCCAGGAGCAGCAGCCCAUGCAGGUGACCCCGAGCUCCGGUCAGGUUCCCAACAGUCAGCCGGUGAAGCUGUUCAUCCCGCAGACAUCCCUGUCAGGGCUGCAGGGGACCAUUGGCUCCCAGGAGCUCAACACCGAGGCGGCAGCUCCGACUACAACCAUCUUUGUGGUGCAGGGUGGCGUCGGCGUGGUCGCCAACCCGGGCCAGCAGCCGCCAGAGCAGCUGUUCCAGACCGCAGUGGGCGGCACCGUAGCGCCGCAGGGGCAGCCCAACCUAUUUGUCUUUGGCAUCCAGAAUGACUCAUCCCAGUUGCUGAGUUCUUCUGGACCGAACCUGCCCGCUCAGACCCAAGCCCAGAACUCCGGUCACAUGCAGCCUCUACUGGAUCAGCCCAUGCCGCAGGCCGCGCCCGGCAUGCACAGCAAUCUGCAAAACACUCUGCAGGCACAAAUGCAGACCAGCCUAGAAAAUGCACUGCAGUCAAACACCCAAACUCCAAUGCAGACUCAGAUACAGAGCAGCUUGCAGAAUCAGAUGCAGGCGACCAUUUCUGCAACGUCUGGCAUGGAUAAAAUCGAGGACAUCCUGGAAAGUCUGCAGAAGCAAUGAGACGGGUCGGGACACGUGUGGCUUAAAGUUACAUUUCAUCAAAUUGGCAAAGGUGGCGUGUUGGUUUUUGCGCCAAUGCCAUGAAACAAAACAAAACAAACAAAAAAUCUUAAUGCUUAAUAACAAUAUGCCCUUUUACUAAAAACCCAAAUUAUGAGGUUUGACAUGAUUUUUAAAAGGUCAUUAUUAAUUCAUUAUUAAUUUUAGCUAUCGUUCAUUACUCUUGAAUUGUUGAAUCCACCUUUGUAAUUACCCAUCCUGCAAGUUAACGAGGCCCGGAGUAACUGCUCGAUGCAUUAAUGUUAAAAAAGAA